AUGGAUCUGAUGCGGUUGCCGGUGUUGUUUUUCUGGCUUCUUGCGGCAGUCUUCGUUGGAGCCGUUCGUAAGGAAGAACAGGACCUUUUUCGUGAUGCCCUGAGAGAGACGGGGACGGACUUGUCUCCCCAAGAGAUGUCGGAUGCGAUGCUUUUGUUGGGGGCGUUGAACGAGCAUCAGGCCAAGGCAUCUGAAAAAGAUGCAGAAAAGUCAGCAGCAGAUAGCGGCAAAUCGAAAACGGAAGAUCGUGGGUACAUGGACAAGGUAGGCCGCGGCGUAAGCAAGGUCCACGGCGCCGACUGGUUUAAAAAGCUGCUAAAAAGGGCCACAAGAAAAAUGAAGAAAAAAUGCCUAGUUAUUAAAGAAGAAGGCGGAGUUCCUGAGGCCAAGGACGCCCCCCUCGACUCCUUUGGUUACCCCAGGUUCGAUUCCACUACAAAGCGUUACGGGGUCUUCCCUGGUGUUCCUCUCCAUCGUAUAGCCGGCUUCUUGCAGCCUAUCAAAGUGGGCGCACAGGACUACGUCGUUCAAGGCAACCCGGCCGAUGUCUUGAUAUUUUUUGAGUGUUUCUCUGCGUAUGAAAUCAUAGGUUCGGUGCUAGACGAGACAGGGCACUGGGUCAGCACCCCCCAGUCCCACACUCCGGUGUGUCUACAAGCGCAGAAUGUGGGGUCCGGUGCGUUUGAUUCGGUGAAGGAGAUGUUGUUGCAUCAGUCUGUCUCAACACUUGUCAAGUUCAUUAGCCCUGAUGGGCUCUUCCUAGAAGCGAUGCAAGAGGCGAUGGGUAUGGCGCCUGGGGCCGCGGACGCCAUGCAAAAAGUGUAUGACUACACGAAAUCCAGGUGGUUUUAUGCCAUGCAAGUCUUCGGAAUUGCUACAGCCUUAGGCGUCUCAGCAUCCGACGCUAAAAAGGCGAUCAAGGACGUCGGCAGGCAACCAGACUUCCCCAACCGCGUAAGGCACUUCCUGAAACUCCUGCAACAAAACAAGAAAGACAUUCCACCAGGAAAGUGGGUAGAUCCAGAUGUUGUCAAUAUCACCGAACCUGUCACCAUCACCAUCACAAUGUACCCCAAACCAGGCCAUGGAGUACGCGCCACAGCCUGUCUCAGCAGCAGCCGCGUUUCCGUCGCAGAGGCGUUUACAACUAUAGCCGCACUCUUCGUCAAAAGAGGAGUGGACGACGCCUUUGGCGAUUUAGAUGCGUUCAUAGGUUGA